AUGGCUGGGAAACUUUUGUCGUUUGGAGUACAAAAGCUUUGUGACGUACUGAGCCAAGAAUAUGCGCACUUUCAUGGAGUUGAUGAAGAAGUUACUGAACUCAAACGUGAACUUGACUUGUUAAGCUCUUUUCUGAAAGAUGCGAAUGUCAAGAAACAUACUAGUGCGGUGGUGAGAACAUUUUUGGAACAGAUCAAGGAAAUUAUUUAUGAUGCAGAAGAUAUAGUUGAUACCUUUCUUCUUAAAGAAAAAUUUGGAAAAACAAGUGGCAUCAAGAAGCGUAUCAGAAGACUUGCUUGUGUUUUUCCAGAUCGUCGGGAAAUUGCAUUAGAUAUUGAAGGCAUAAGUAAGACGAUCUCCAAGAUGAUUAGUGAUAUGCAAAGUUUUGGAAUACAGCAAAGUAUUGCUGAUGGCGGGUAUAUGCAACCUCUACAUGAUAGACAAAGAGAGAUGCGACAAGAAAUUGAUAGGGAACACGAAAGCAAUUUUGUGGGGGUGGAAGAAAAUGUUGAUAAGUUGCUUGGAUAUUUGGUGGAGGAUGAUAAUGUUCAAGUGGUUUCCAUGACUGGGAUGGGUGGUCUCGGAAAAACCACCCUUGCUAGACAAGCUUUUAAUCAUGAGAUGGUUAAACAUAAGUUUGAUAGACUAGCAUGGGUGUGUGUUUCACAAGAUUGUAAGCUGAAGAAUGUUUGGCAAACAAUCUUGCAGAAUCUCAAACCCGAAGAAGAAGAAAAGAAAAUACUGGAGAUGACAGAAUUUGCACUCCAUCGUGAACUCUUUGGACUGCUGGAAACAUCUAAAUCUUUAAUUGUCUUUGAUGACAUUUGGAAAGAAGAAGACUGGAGCGUAAUCAAGCGAAUAUUUCCACCCAAAAAAGGUUGGAAGGUGUUACUUACUUCUCGAAAUGAGAAUGUCGCAGGGCAUGGAGAUACAACAUAUAUCAACUUCAAACCGGGAUGCCUAACUAUUGAAGACAGUUGGACACUUUUCCAAAAAAUAGCAAUGCCAAGCAAAGAUGCAUCCAAUUUGAAGAAGGUUGAUGAGGAAAUGGAAGAGAUGGGUAAGCAAAUGAUCAAACAUUGUGGGGGAUUGCUUGUCAGAGUAUUAGGAGGCUUAUUGGCUACAAAACACACACUGUACGAUUGGGAACUAGUAUCUGAGAAUAUUCAAUCUCAUCUCAUGGGAAGAACUGAGUUCAAUGGUGACAACAACAGUUUAAUUUACCAUGUAUUGUCACUGAGCUUUGAAGAGCUGCCUAGUCAUUUAAAGCAUUGCUUCCUCUACUUGGCCCAUUUUCCAGAAGAUUAUGAAAUACGUGUGCAUGAACUCUCCUAUUACUGGGCUGCAGAAGAAAUACGCAGGUAUCACGAUAGAGAGACCAUUCGAGAUGUUGGAGAAAUGUAUAUAGAGGAGUUGGUGAGGAGAAAUAUGGUUAUUUCCCAAAGAGACGUGAAAACUCUGAGAUUUGAAACUUGUCAUUUGCAUGACAUGAUGAGAGAAAUUUGUUUGUCUAAAGCGAAAGAAGAGAACUUCCUACAAAUAGUCGGUAUCUGCUCCCAGACCCCACGCUCUUGUAGUACAUCUCGCAGAUUUGUGUCACAGCAUCCGACUACAUUAGAUGUUGAGAGAGAGAUAAAUAAUUCAAAGGUUCGAUCUCUCGUUGUUGUCUGCAAGGAUAACUAUAGCAGCGAAUGGAAGCCAUCAAGUUUAAGCUUUACGAAGUUACAACUGCUGAGGGUAUUAAAUCUCACUGCAGCCAGAUUUGAAGGAAAGAAGUUACCUUAUAGCAUUGGAAAGCUCAUCCAUUUAAGAUAUCUGAAUUUAAAAAAUGCAUAUAUCACUCAUCUACCAUCUUCUCUACAAAAUCUGAAGCUGAUGCUCUAUUUGAAUCUAUGUGUAGAGAGCUGGGCAUCUCCAGUAUAUGUGCCCAAUGUCUUAAAAGAGAUGCGGGAAUUGAGAUACCUUGAAUUACCAAGAAAUAUGAAAAAGAAGUCAAAGUUGGAAUUGAGGAAUCUAGAGAAAUUGGAGACCUUGAAGCAUUUCUCAACGGAGAAUAGCAGUGUAGAGGAUCUAAGUGGUAUGUACAGGUUGAGGACUCUCGAAAUCGAUUUAAAUGAGAGGACAAGUAUAGAAGCUCUGUCGGCAUCAAUAGGUGGACUGAGACACCUGGAAGAUCUUGAUAUAUAUGAUAGUGCGUCGAUUGACAAGAGGAAGAAAGAAAAGGGAUUUGUUAUUGAGGCCGUUCGUCUCAAACAUCUGUCUUUAGAGAUAUAUAUGCCAAGCGUACCUAAACCCUUGCCUUCUCACCUUACAACCAUAUCUCUUCAGGAUUGUUGUUUGGAAGAGGAUCCAAUGCCGAUUCUAGAAAAGUUACCCCAAUUGAAAGAGGUUUGUUUAUGGACGAAUAGUUUCAGUGGGAGGAGAAUGGUUUGCUCAGCUGGUGGGUUUCCUCAAUUGCAGAAGCUUGAGUUUGGUGGAUUAGAAGAGUGGGAAGAGUGGAUAGUAGAAGAAGGCUCCAUGCCCCUUCUUCAUUCUUUGACGAUUAUUAGCUGUACGAAGUUAGAAGAGUGGAUAGUAGAAGAAGGCUCCAUGCCCCUUCUUCAUACUUUGAUGAUUGAAGGAUGUAGUUUGAAAGAGGAUCCGAUGCCGAUUUUAGAGAAGUUACCCCAAUUGAAAGAGGUUAAAUUAGAUAAUGAAUCUUUCAGUGGGAGGAGAAUGGUUUGCUCGGCCGGUGGGUUUCCUCAAUUGCAGAAGCUUCGGUUCGAUGGAUUAGAAGAGUGGGAAGAGUGGAUAGUAGAAGAAGGCUCCAUGCCCCUUCUUCAUACUUUGAAGAUUAAAGGAUGUAGUUUGAAGGAUCCGAUGCAGAUUUUAGAGAAGUUACCCCAAUUGAAAGAGGUUAUAUUAGAUAAUAAAUCUUUCAGUGGGAGGAUAAUGGUUUGCUCGGCCGGUGGGUUUCCUCAAUUGCAGAAGCUUAAGUUUGCUGGAUUAGAAGAGUGGGAAGAGUGGAUAGUAGAAGAAGGCUCCAUGCCCGUUCUUUAUAGUUUGGUGAUUAAAGACUGUAAGAAGUUUAAAGAGCUUCCUGAUGGGUUACGAUUCAUCACUUCCUUGAAGAAUCUGAAGAUUGAAUAUAUGGGAGAGGAAUGGAAGGAGAGACUGUCGGAAGGAGGAGAAGAUUAUUACAAAAUCCAACACAUCCCUUCUGUUACAUUCGGAAACGAAUGAUUGAGAAUGAGGCUUUCAGAAUUACAGUACAGACAGACGUACCAGACGAAUCUCUUCCCAGGCGAAUCACUCUUAUCAAACUGGUCAUCUGCCUUUUGCAUUUGUUGUUUUCUCAGUUUACAUAAUCAGACUUACAAUUUCUAUUAUUUAUGUUUGCUGGUUUGACUGAUCAUUCGAUCUCAACCUUUUAUCACUCUCUUCACUCAUUCUUAAUUACUGUUGUGUUGGAUCGUGCACUGAUUAUUAUUGUGGUUUUUUUUUAUAUUAUU